AUGACGCUUGUACGAUGGAGUUCGGUCAUUUUAAUCGCCGGUUUUAUAGUUUCUACAUUGGCUGGUCCAGUACAUUAUCCUAAUCAUGUUCUUCAUGAAAAAAGAACCCAGACGCCACCGUUGUGGUUGCGCCGCCAAAGACUCCAUAAAGAUGAGAUUAUACCUGUGAAGAUUGGUCUGAGGCAACAGAAUUUAGAAAGAGCGGAUGAAUUUAUGUAUGAUGUUUCUCACCCGAAGAGUUUGAAGUAUGGGAAGCAUUGGACACCAAAGAUGGUCGCAGAGACAUUUGCUCCGAGGUCUGAGAACAGAGAGGCUGUUCAAGACAUUGUCGCAGUCAAGCAAUGGCUUGUGGAGUCCGGUAUCGAAAACGAGAGAAUUCGCACUUCGCUAGGAAUGAACUGGCUCUCCUUUAACGCAAGUAUCGAUGAAGCCGAGCGUUUGUUCAAAGCCAAGUAUUACAUGUUUGAGCACAUGCAUACCGGAACCCCACACGUUGCCUGUCACGAAUAUCAUCUACCAGCUCACGUAGCAAAACUCAUAGACUUCGUUACGCCUAGCGUCCAUUUCGAUGCCAAGAUCAAACGGAGCGACUUUCAAAGACGUACGCGGUCUUUGCCAAACCUGCGGAGGCGAAGCCCAUUUAGCAUUGAUGACAUUACGAAUGACAAGGCAUCCACGGGCAAAAGCGACGCCGCGAAUGUUGGCUCAGAGCAGGGAGUUGGGCCAAAACAGGGUGCUACGUUAGCUGAUUCCGAUGUUCUGGACCAGAAUCAGCUCGAGAAUUGUGACCGGCAAAUAACGCCAAACUGCCUCCGCGCAUUGUAUGGGUUCAGCAGUCCCAAAUCAGCACAGUCGCAGAAUUUGAUGGGGGUCGUGGAAUACGCGCCGCAAUCUUACGUUCCUGAAGACUUGGACAAGUUCUUCAGCAACUUCUCGAAAAACUUGGUCGGACAACGUCCAAUACUCGCUUCCAUAGAUGGGGGACAACUGCUCCCAAAUCGAUCAUUCGAGUUCAACGGCGAGGCAGAUCUAGACUUGCAGGUCGCAAUGACGUUGAUCGCUCCUGUCAAGACGCAGUUGUACCAAGUUGGCGACGAAAUUGAAGGCGCGUCAUUCAAUAACUUUCUCGACGCGAUAGACGGUUCAUAUUGUACUUUCGAAGGAGGUGAUGACCCGAGCGCGGACGCCAUCUACCCUGAUCCUCCAGACGGAUAUAUUGGACCGGCAAACUGUGGUGGUUUCAAGCCCACAAAAGUCAUAUCUACGUCCUUUGGGUACAACGAGGCAGAUUUGACGGAGAAAUACGUGCGUCGCCAAUGCGCCGAGUACAUGAAGCUUGCGUUGCAAGGGAUCACCGUCUUAUACAGUAGCGGCGAUUACGGCGUUGCGGGCAACCUAGGUCAAUGUAUCGAUCCAGUCUCGGGCAACUAUACAAAACCAAAUGCCAAUAACGGUGUGUUCAACCCUUCGUUCCCAAGUGGUUGCCCCUGGGUCACUAGUGUGGGUGCAACACAAGUCUCAAAUGGUACAAAUAUAGUACGCGUUAUUGCUUCUAACACUCAGCCUGAAGUCGCAUGCGAGACGGUAAUUCGCUCAGGCGGUGGAUUCAGCAAUGUAUUUGAAAUUCCAGAUUACCAGGCAUCUACAGUUCACUCCUGGUUCCAAGAACAUCCGCCUCCAUACUCGGGCUCCGUUUUCAAUAAUUCAAUGCGCACACGAGGAUAUCCAGACGUGUCCACGAAUGGUGCAAAUUAUGUAGUGGCUGUGGAUGGCAGCUUCACAUUGGUCUACGGGACGAGCGCAAGCGCACCUGCAUUUGGGAGCAUGAUCACGCUGAUUAAUAACGAGCGAAUGAAAGCUGGGAAAAGUAGUGUUGGUUUUCUGAAUCAGGUCCUUUAUGAGCAUCCAGAGUGA